CUAUUUUGCAAGGAGCAGUUGGGACUAUCUUGAUGUCUGUGUAAUUAUAGAAUGUCUGACUCUGAACAUGGAUGAUUCCGUGAAACAACUUUUACGACAGAUUAUUCGAAAAAUACCUUCUUCGAAACUUCAAAGUACUCUGACUAAAUGGGAUCAUCUGUCAAAGAGGCAGUUUCGAUCGCUGGAUUUUACGCAACCGAAAUGGCUGUUCUGCGAGAAUCUGCUUUCUCUUUGUGAGGAAAAUGACUUGACAGUGAAACAAGUGACAGAACUUGAUAUGCUUUAUCACAUAGAGCACCCAAAUCAGGGAACGUGGUAUGCAUGUCAGCUCGUGGAUGCUGAAGAGGAGACCCUGUCUUCAGAGCUGGUGCAUUUCAGGGAGUCAUUUAAGAAGCACCUGAAAUUCCUCAUCAGCCAUGUCGCAGUGAAGACAAAGAAGAACGAUGAUGACUCUAUAUGGAUUCGAAUAGCCUGGGGGGACAACUUCACCAGACCCAACCACCUUAAACCCUCAUAUGUCGUGCAUCACCUCCAGACCCCUUACGUUUUUGUUUCAGGCUUGACCGCCAAAUACAAACCAUUGCUACACCAGGCCUUGGUUCUCUCCACCCGGUACGGCUCCAUCACAGAUGUUCACCUUAGUGGACGGUGCCUGUCAGCACUAAGGGAUCUACUGAUGAGGCAGUACAAGCAGGUAUUUCCAACAAAAUAUCCAAGACCCUUACAAGAGAGGAAUCCCCUCCUAUCAAAUCCCAAUAUAGAGAAUGAACACAUGAAACACACAGAAAACAGACUACAGAUGGCUGCUGAGGCAUUCGGCGAUGGAGCUUUGCCAAAGCUAGAAACAGCUGUCUACAAGCUGCAAACUAAGUACAGGGACAAUGGGAAUGAGAUGUUGAGUGGCAGAGAAGAACCCUUCAGGGGUGUAGUCAGGUUCACCAGCAGCAACCUCCUGGAGUCAUUAAAAAGCUGUGUGUCAUCAGGGAUGGCCUCUGCACCAGUCACACCUUUGCUUUCAUCCAUCACCCAGAAAGGAAGGAAUUACUUUGUAAUCACAGACAAAGCACCUGAAAUCAGCCACACACCCGGCCCAAAGAUGUGAAGUUGAGAGACUGUUCAACCCGGGAUUUUUUUCAAAUGUGUAAUCCCUAAACCAAGACUUUAUUAAUGGUCAUAAAUGUGUCUGUUGAAGAUGCAUUUAUGGAAGGAUAUAGCAUUGUAUAUGUUUUAGUUUUGGACAUUGGUUUUACUGUUUUAUAGCUUAAUUUUAG